AAAAAGGACCAUGAUUUCAAAUUUCUUCAAAAAAUAAAAGAAGGCAGAUAAAAAUGAAAUGAGCAUGAUAGCAGAGUGCUGUAACAGUGAUGAGAAGAGACUGGGAUUGGUUACAAAGUGGAAGAAGGGUGAAAAGGCCGUUGUAGUUGGGUUUGCUUUUUAUACAUUUCAAAAUAAAAACCAGAUCACAGUAUUCAAAUGAAAGCUUAAGUGAAGGCAGACAUUUUCCUCAACUCGUGGUUGAAAGGACUAGUCGCUCCCCGCCCCCACCCCGUUUCAAAAUGCGAAGCCACCAAGGGGCGCAAUCAGUCCCCCACCCGCUGCAGGUUGGGUGGGUGUGUAGCAGAGUCUGUCUCUCCAUCCGCAGGGAAAGGAGAGGCGUAAAGCGGGGAAGCAAAGGGACAAGAGGCGUAGGGAACGGGCUGGUGGUGGGGACGGCGCUGGAGGAGGAGAGAAUGCGCCUGGCUCCUGGCCUGGGCCCCAUGGCAGCCACUGGCAUCAUCUGUGUGGAGCCCUGCUGUGGACCGUGCCGGUCCCAGGGAACUGGGGCGGGCUGAGGCCGACCAUGCCCAGUCUGUUGCUGCUGUUCACUGCGGCUCUGCUCUCCAGCUGGGCCCAGCUGCUGACCGAAGCCAACUCCUGGUGGUCAUUAGCUAUGAACCCAGUGCAAAGACCUGAGAUGUUUAUCAUCGGUGCACAACCUGUGUGCAGCCAGCUUCCUGGGCUCUCCCCCGGCCAGAGAAAGCUGUGUCAAUUAUACCAGGAGCACAUGGCCUACAUUGGCGAGGGAGCCAAGACGGGCAUCAAGGAAUGCCAGUACCAGUUCCGACAGAGGCGCUGGAACUGCAGCACCGUGGACAACACGUCUGUCUUUGGCAGAGUCAUGCAGAUUGGCAGCCGGGAGACAGCCUUUACCUACGCUGUGAGCGCUGCGGGAGUAGUCAACGCCAUCAGCCGAGCUUGCCGCGAGGGUGAGCUUUCUACAUGUGGCUGCAGUCGGACCACGCGGCCCAAGGACCUGCCCCGGGACUGGCUGUGGGGUGGCUGCGGGGACAACGUGGAGUAUGGCUACCGCUUUGCUAAGGAGUUUGUAGAUGCCCGAGAGCGGGAGAAGAACUUUGCCAAGGGAUCAGAGGAGCAGGGCCGAAUGCUCAUGAACCUGCAGAACAACGAGGCAGGUCGCAGGGCUGUGUACAAGAUGGCAGAUGUAGCCUGCAAAUGCCACGGCGUCUCAGGGUCCUGCAGCCUCAAGACCUGCUGGCUCCAGCUGGCUGAGUUCCGCAAGGUGGGGGACCAGCUGAAGGAGAAGUAUGACAGCGCGGCUGCCAUGCGGAUCUCCCGCAAAGGCAAGCUGGAACUGGUCAACAGCCGCUUCAACCAGCCCACCCCGGAGGACCUGGUCUACGUGGACCCCAGCCCCGACUACUGCCUGCGCAACGAGAGCACAGGCUCGCUGGGCACCCAGGGCCGCCUGUGCAACAAGACCUCGGAGGGCAUGGACGGCUGUGAGCUCAUGUGCUGUGGCCGGGGCUACGACCAGUUCAAGAGCGUGCAGGUGGAGCGCUGCCAUUGCAAGUUCCACUGGUGCUGCUACGUCAAGUGCAAGAAGUGCACUGAGAUCGUGGACCAGUAUGUCUGUAAAUAA